AUGAGUUCCGUGACGACGAGGAAGUCGACAUGGCAGUCAACACUGGCAUGGCUAUCCCAAGACUUCGCCGAAGGCUCCUCGCCGCCAUUCCUCCUGAAAUAUAGAUCCUCAAAAUGGCUCAUCCUGACCACAAUCUGUAUGGCCGUCUUCACGGACAUAUUUCUCUACGGCCUCAUCGUCCCCGUGAUCCCCUUCGCCCUCGAGCAACGCUCCGGCGUUCCUCCACAACGCACCCAAUACUGGGUCUCCCUCCUCAUCGCCAUCUAUGGCGCCGCGCUGAUCACCUUCUCCCCCGUGUGCGGCUACCUCGCCGACCGCAGCACCUCGCGCCGCCUGCCCCUCAUCGUCGGCCUUCUCGCUUUGGCGGGUGCAACCGUCAUGCUGAAUGUGGGCAACAGCAUCGCGGCGCUGGUGACGGGGAGAGUGCUGCAGGGCGUCUCGGCUGCAGUGGUGUGGGUGGUGGGACUCGCGCUGCUGGCGGAUACGGUGGGGAAGGAGGCGAUUGGGCAGGCGAUGGGGUGGGUGGGGAUGAGCAUGAGCCUUGGGAUCUUGGCGAGCCCGCUGCUGGGAGGGGUCGUGUAUGACAGGGCAGGGUAUAAUGCGGUGUUUGCGAUGGCGUAUGUGCUUAUUGGGGUGGAUAUCCUGCUGCGGCUUGUUAUGGUAGAGAGGAAGAUCGCGGUGAGGUGGUUGCCGGAGGAGGAGGAGGGAGGAAAGGAGAAGGGAGAUGUUGAGGGCGGGGUGGCGACACCUCCCCCGAGGGACCGAGACGUCGCGAGCAGCCCAGAAAGGGCAGAAACGGAGAAAGAGCAGCCUGGAGCGGUAAUCGCACCCACUACCACAACCCGCACCGACUCACACUCCGACGCCGCACCCCCAACCCAGCGCCGCGCCACCCUCCCCCCCGUCCUCUCCCUCCUCGCCUCCCGCCGCCUCCUCGCAGCCCUCUGGGGCUGCCUCGCCCAAGCAACCCUAAUGACCUGCUUCGACUCCGUGCUCCCGCUGCACGUGCACGAGACCUUCGGCUGGACCUCUCUCGGCGCAGGUCUAAUCUUCCUCCCCAUCACCAUCCCCUCCUUCCUCGCGCCGCUCGCGGGUUGGAUCUCCGACCGCUACGGGCCGCGCUGGCCGGCCACCGCGGGCUUCAUCCUCGCUGCUCCGUGUUUCGUGUGCUUGCGCUUCGUCACCGCCAGCUCGCUGCAGACCAAGGUGCUGCUGUGUGCGCUGCUGGCGGUGCUGGGAUUGGCGUUGGCGAGCGCAAUGCCCCCGCUUAUGGCGGAGAUUACGUAUGUCGUCCAGGCCAAGGAGAGGAAGCGGCCGGGAUCGUUCGGCGAACGGGGCGCGUAUGCGCAGGCGUAUGGCCUGUUUAAUAUGGCGUUUGCGGGCGGCUGUCUGGUGGGUCCCAUUUGGGCGGGCUUGGUGAGGGAGAGGGCCGGGUGGGGGACUAUGGGGUGGAGCUUGGGGGCGCUGAGUGCGGUUAGUGCGGUGCCGGUUGCUGUCUGGGUUGGGGGGUUUAUUGGGGGGAAGGGGGAGAGGGUGAAGGGGAGGGGGAAGGGAAGUUGA